UAUGCAUAUUUAUUUUAUUAACUGUGAAUCAAUUGCAUGAUUUCAUGUUUUACUUGCACUGCCUUUGCAUAUUUAUAUUUACUUUAUUUAAUGUGAAUCACUUGCAUGAUUUCAUGUUAAGUUGUCAACUAAUAGAUUGUUACAGUGACGAUCACCGGCCGUUAUUCAACGGAAAAUAUGGGAUUCCACUCUCUCAAUACUACAGCAUACGGCAUAUAAAAUCACUUGCAUGAUUUCGUACGAGAUCGCAAAUUCAUGAUGUUGUAUUUUCAGGUUUCCUUAGUUUCUCUAGUUAAGGUGUUGAUCGAGAUGGAGAGUGCACUUCCUUUAAAUUAGCAAAGGAAGUCGAGUUAUUGGAAGACAUAUCUGGGGGAGUGCCAUUUUAUGUUAUAUUCGUGUUCCAUGCAGCAUGGCAAUAGAUUAAUUCUUUAGACCGCAUUUGUAAAUUUUGUGAUAUGUUAUUAAUAUAAAAUAUGCAAGUUAAUUAAUAAUUAAAUAAUAAUUGAAUCAUCAACGAUAAAGUCAUAUAAUUUAUAAAAUAUAAUUUGUAAAAUAUGACUUAAAUGGAUGUUGUUUAUAACAUUAUUAUUUGUAGAUUAAAUUUAGUUUAUUUUGCAUUACACUUUCUAUAAUUCAAACAGAGUAUGCAUUAAAUUCAAAGCUUGGAAUUGACACGUGUCGCUCCGUUAUAAUUGUACAUUCGCUUGGUUUUCCAAUUAAAUAUCCCUGCUAUACCUAUCAUACGUGCACAUGCUGCCAUGCAUUCUCUCUCUACCAUAUUUCAUUUCGCAUUUUCUGUCCUUUAUGUCGGCGACGCUCCUCUUCUCAUGCCGCCGUCUGUCUGACAAACCCUAAAUCAAAUCUGUUGGGUACAGGAGAAGGAGCCUUCCAGGAGUUAGGCGGGACCUAUAUUGGUGGAUUGGCAACAGAUCUCAACAAACCAUCGCCACAGAAAAAAAAAAAAAAAAAAAAAAAAAAAGGAAGAUUCAGUCAAAUGACGAGAUUGCAGAGAAGAUGAGAGGGAGAUAUAGAACCACUGACCAUAAUUUAUUUAAAUUAAUAAAAUCAUAUGAAGAUAUUGCUUUGCAGAGAAGACGAAGGGGCCGGGAUGGCAAUGGUGGAAGAGGGUUUGGAGAAUGCGGCUACUGAAACUCGGGGGUUGGGGUUUGGGGAGUUUUGUUUCACAAGUGGGAGUGAGUAUUGCCAGCAAGUGUUGCAGCGAUCGCUGCUACCGCUGCUGUUUGGGAUAAAGAAGUGAGAGAGACGAAGUGGGUGAGGAAAAUCAACGGUGUGAAUUGCUGGCUUUUCUUUCGCUGUUCUGCAAAUUUCCCGAAACUUCAGAGACCUAAAACCCCCCAACGAAGGGGUAGCAAGAAAUGGUGGAAAGGAUGAAAGAGAAGAUAAAGAUCAGGAGGAUCGACUACCUUCCUGCAAGGCAGGUGACCUUCUCAAAGAGGAGUAGAGGGAUUCUCAAGAAAGCUGAAGAGCUAUCGAUUCUGUGUGAAGCUGAAGUUGCUGUUAUCAUCUUUUCUCAAACUGGCAAGCUCUUUGAUUACUCAAGCUCCAGUACCAAGGAUGUGAUUGCAAGGUACAAAUCACAUACUGGUGGGGAAAAAUGGGAUCAAAUCACGCUUCAUCAACUGCAGUUGGAGAAAGAAAACACGAUGAGGCUGAGUAAGGAACUUGAGGAUAAGACCCGCAAGCUGAGGCAGAUGAAGGGUGAGGACCUUCAAGACUUGGAUCUGGAUCAACUGAACAAGUUAGAAAAAUUGGUGGAAGCAAGCAUUGGCCGUGUGAUUAAAACUAAGGAAAAAAAGAUUAUGAGUGAGAUUAUGGCACAUGCGAAUAAGGGAGCUGAGCUUAUAGACGCUAACAACCAGCUAAAGCAGAGGAUGGUGAUGUUAUCCGCUGGAGGAGAUAUCGGACCUGCAGGGAUCAUGGAGUUGGACAACCUGAAUAAUGUUGGAGAAGAAGGCGUGACAUCUGAAUCAGCCACAAAUGUCACCACCUGCUCCAGCAGUGCUUUUUCUCUCGAAGAUGACUGCUCCGACAUCUUGUCUCUCAAACUGGGGCUUCCUUAGUUUCCUUGGUUAAGAAGUGGAGACGGAUGGAGAGUUGCACUUCCUUAUAAUUUCUAAAUAAAGUCGAGUUAUUGUAAGAUACGAGUGAUCUGUGUAUCUUAACUCGAAAACAAAUUAGAAGACAUCGCUGGGGAAGUGCUGUGACUGUGUGUUAUAUGUAAAACUAUAUUUGUAUUCCAUGCACAGCAUGACAUUGAUCUAGAAUAUAACUUGUAUUGUAUCCAAAGCUUUAUACAAAUGCAGGCCUAUGAAUUUGGACUCUA